CUCCGCCGCGGCCGCACCAGCUUCCAACUAUUUCUGCAGGAGAUACAGUCUAUUGGAGAAGAUAGAAAAAUAGGAACGGAAACUGGAGUCAUUUGCAGUGAGACACUACUCUACUCUGAACAGAAAUGGCAGAAAUCAAUUCUCCUGUAAAUAUCAAGGAAAAGAUCAAUGCAAUCCGAUCAGUUGUUCCGAACAGAAGCAAUAAUGAGAUAGUUCUGGUGUUGCAGCAAUUUGAUAACAAUGUAGACAAGGCAGUUCAAGCUUUCAUGGAUGGCAGUGCAGCUCAGGUUCUAAAGGAAUGGAAUAUGACAGGGAAAAAGAAGAACAAUAGGAGAAAAAGAAGCAAAUCUAAACAGCAGCAGCAAGGCAAUAAAGAUCCUAAAAACAAGAAUAAUGGACCUGAGAAGGCAUCUCAAGAGCCUCAGCGAAUAAAUGACUGUCAUAUGAACGGAUGCCCUAAGGACAGCUCUGGCCGUGGUUCUGCCAAUCAGAAACUGGAAACCACUUCUCUUGAGAACAAAGGCUCUGGGUCAGCACUGGACUGUCCAGAAAUCAAAGACAGAGAACGAGAACGCCAGAGAGUAGCUGUGGAAUUAAACCCAAAGACUGUGAAUGGAGUAGAACAGCAUGAGCCCCUUCAGUCAUCAGUUCAACUCCAGUGUAACCUAGGCAGGCCAAAGUCAAAAUCUUCCUCAGUUAAAUCACCCAAUGCGUCAACCCAGCUUGAAACAAAGACAGAUGAUUCAGUCAAAAAAAGAGGGCCAAACAUUGAAAAGUCAGUAAAAGACUUGCAACGUUGCACUGUUUCUCUAACCAGAUACCGUGUGAUGAUCAAAGAGGAAGUGGAUAAUUCAGUGAAGAAGAUCAAAGCUGCUUUUGCAGAAUUACACAGCUGCAUCGUAGACAAAGAAGUGUCAUUAAUGGCAGAAAUUGAUAAAGUUAAAGAAGAAGCCAUGGAAAUCCUGACUGCUCGGCAGAAGAAAGCAGAGGAGCUGAAGAGGCUGGCAGACCUAGCCAGUCAGAUGGCUGAAGCACAACUCUCUGAACUCAGGGCUGAAAUUAAGCACUUUGUGAGUGAACGAAAAUAUGAUGAAGAGCUGGGCAGGUCUGCCCGAUUUUCCUGUGAUACAGAGCAGCUGAAGACCCAGAUUCAGCUCUGUGGAGAAAUUUCUCACCCAAAGAACAACUAUUCCUCAAGAACACCAUGUAGUUUAGUGCUCUCUUCAAUGACCUCGCAUGCAACAACUGGCAAGCAAAAUACACACAACCGAAAGUCCUCUAGUAAUGCCAAGAACUCUGAUAAUAAAACAGCCAGCAGUAAAGUACAAAGUUAUCCUUCCAAUCCUACAGAAUCUUCUUCUCAAGGAGUCCCAACAAAUAAGCAGAAUGGACCUUCUAGCCAGAGACGAAGAUUCAACCCACAGCACCAAAACAUGCGGCUCAAUGGAUCUCAUAAGUCACAAGGUGCCAGUAAUGAGGCAGAUCAAAAUACAAAGAGUGCUUCCAGGUCUGAGCACAGAAGACAGCAGCAUAACAGCUUUCGAUCUAAAAAUAAAGGAGCUAUGAAAAAUCAAGAGCAGUCUACAACUGCAAGGACCACAGAGAAUCCAACGCAUUCGGAGAAGUCCCGGCGGAAGCAUCACACACCAGACACCGCAGAGCACAGGCCUUUCCAAGGCAACGUUGGCAGGGUGUCACAAUGCAAUUUAUGCCCUGCAAGGAUGGAGGUCUCUGCUGAUGCCACUGUUCUUUCAGUGCCAGCUGUGACUUUGGUCGCUUAAAAUGUCACAGUGAUGGCAGGCAGAGAAAUUCAAUCUCUUCAUUUUAGUUUGUUGCUCGAAAAGCUUGUUGGUGAAGAAAGUCAGAACAUAGUCUUUUAAAUCUUUUGCUGCUUAAAACUGGUUGGUAUCUUUAUUACUUACUAAUUAUCAAAAUUAAAUCAUACUUUCAAGGCUUUCCCCAAUAUGUUCACAUUUAUUUUGUCAUGACUGUACGGAAUCUUACCAAAGCAGCAUUUACUUCUUAGAAAAAUUAAAUCUAGAUUGGAAAGAUAAAUUGAUAAUUAAAUUCAUAAUAGUAAAAACAUGUUGUAGAUAUGUGGUUAUACCAGUCAACAUUAUUAUUUCAUAGAACAGCCUGUGUUAGAAGGAUCCCAGGAAGUCUGUAUGCUGUGGUCUGCAAUGAAAUCAAAUAAUCUUGUAGAAUUUUUCAGCAAAUCUCUAUACACCUCUUUUAUUUCUGUGCAUGUAUACACGUACAUGCAUGCACACUGUAUACACAGAGAGUAUUGUUCUAUAUGAGAAGAGUUGAAAAAGCAGUUCGUUUGAUUUUAGCUUCUUAUUCCAUAAUCUGAGAUCUUUAAAUUCAAGUAUAAAUUGUAUUAAAUGUAUUACAUAUUGGUAUUUUUCAUGGACAAACUAUUUUUAUGAGGCUGAGGAAAUAUGCUCAUUUAAGUUUGGAAUGUAUAUAGUAAUGGCUACUCAAGUGCACAGCCCUGUUCUCCAUCCUUAUCAGCCACUUUUCUAUGACUAGUUGGAUUUAUUUUUUGCAUAUGAAAAGUUGCAGGUCUUCUAGACUUGAAUUCAAAUUAUUUUUCUAUAUUUUUGCUGUAGGAACCAUCUGUCCAUAACAAGAGCUAUGACUAAUAAAUUACUUAGUCUUUAUGUUCUGAGUCUGUAUUUCAGAAAACCUGUUUCUUCCAAAUAAUUAAAAUCUUCUUUCUAAAAUA